GAUCGCGGCACACCAUCACAGAGGUCGACACGUAGCGGUCACGAGAGACGAUCUGCGCAUUCCGCUCAUCAUCAUCAUCGCUAUCACGGCGGAGAGGGUGAGAAUGGUAAUGAGGAUUUUCAAGUACCAGCAGCAUCACCGUAUCACACCACUACACAAAGGAGGCAUCAACGUGGUUCCCAGUCCUGUUACAACGCUUUCAGCGAUGAUUUUGAUCGGUUUUCCAAUAUGAACAGGUCGUUCACCGCCGCUGUGCAUCCCAGAUUUAAGGAACUUCGCAACGAAUUACGAGUAACUACUGAUCGAAAAAAUUACUAUAAAGAUUUGUAUAAACGUGAGCGGCAAAAUCGGAUACGUGAUCGCGAGUUGCGUGACCUCGUCGAGAAGAAGCUAAUGGAUGAUUUGAAAGAAAGAGAAAUGGAAUAUUCGAAUUGUCUACUGCGGAUUAAAUCCCUAGAACAACAGCUGCAACACCAGUCCAACUUUCCUCCACCAAUGCGCGAAUCCACAUUUCGAGUUCCACACUUUUGCACUCCGUCAACAUCGCACACCGCUUCAACGAUGGCCGGUGCUGGUGAAGCCCUGUCCAGUACAUCGGAAUUGUUUGGUCUACGAAGCGCUUACCUCACCAGUCCGCCCGUCCCAGGGUCUGAAGCGAUACCCGCAUCGCUAGGAGUAGCAGCGGCUGUAGUACCGGAAAAUUCCGGCGAGAUGCCGGACGAAACGAAAGUUUUCCGGCAACCUGAUGAAUCUGCUUUGGAACUUCCGAGAAACAGCAGCAACUGUGAUGAUUCUGAUGAACAAGUCGGCGUUAAAAACAGCGAAGCCGUGCAGAAUUUUGAAACGGAUGACGUCAAAAGCUCCGUUGCCGACGUGUUGAAAAGUUGUAACGAUAACAACAGCAAAGAUAACAAUGGCAAUAUUAACGGGACAGUAUUAGAGGAAGAAGCACAGUCGGACACCGGCUACGGGACAACAUCGGAAUGUGCUUCCGACCUACGACGAGUACACAGCGAUUCUGACCUGCCCUUGCAACAACUUUCGCAGGCUUGA